AUGAUUGCUUCAAGAUUUUCCAAACAAUUAACUUCUUCCUUUGUUAAGCCAUUUGCUGCUCGUACUUUUUCAAACUCUACAGCAUCAGGUUUAGCUGCUAUUUUCUCGAUUCCAAAUUCUUUUAGUUCCAAGAAUUUCGAAAAAGGCAAUCAACAAGGUAUUUUUGGUGUUGAAAAAUUUGAAAUUUUAAGCAGCAAUGAAAAUAAUUAUCGUAUUCAAUUGGAAUUUGAUUCCCCUUCUGUUUUUGAUAAUGUAAAGAGGGUUCUUUUGUUCAAUAAUUAUACGUUUACUAAAACAAAACUUGACCCAAUGAAUCCUCCUAAUACUACUAUUGUGAUUCCUUUAUCUUUUAUUUCUGAUACUACUGGGUUGACUGAAGAAGUCAAAAAAUUAGUUGCUGACUAUCCAUUAGCUUACGAUUAUUGUGUUUAUAAUGAUUUCCAAAAAUUUCUUGAACUUGGUUUUAAUUCCGUUGAAGAUACUACCAAUGCCUUAGCAAAGUUGAAAGGUUUGGAAUUUAAUAAUGUUUUGAUUCAACCUGAUUAUCUAAAGGAGCAAUCAGCAGGUUCUAGUAAUACUCUUUUUGUUGACAAUGAAUCAGGAACUUCUUUAGAAGAAAUGUAUCAACUUGCUAAAAAUUUUGGUCCGCUAGUUUCUCUUAGACGUCUUGAUAAGGGCAGAAGUUGUUUCUUUAUCACCUAUUUAAACAGAAGUGAUAUGAUGCAAGCUUUACAAUCAAUUGGAGCUGAUCGUCAAGCUAAUAUUGCUUACCGUAAACCAAACUCAUCGAGAAACUCAUCGAGAAACUCACGUUCAAAUGCUUAA